AAUAGAAUGCUCAAUCGUUACCUUACGGUUGUGCAAUGUCGAUCGUAUAAAUAAUUCCGACAAUGUUAAACCCGGCGCCAUUUGUAGCCCACCUUUCCAGUUGGAACAGGUCAUCAACAGUCAACAAAUUUCAUGGCGUCUCUUUUACUAACAGCCAGCAGGCCGUCCGAGGACGUCUCGUAUUCCAACUCUGGAGAAGGCAAAGUCUGUCCAUCUCCGAUGUCUACUUUCGGGAGCGAUUUCAAUGACAAUUUGUUUUUGGAAGAUUCAAACGCUCAAACAUUUUCAAGGGCAGACUACACGGACUUAUUGUCAAAGACAACAAAUAAUCUGCAACUUCUUGCAGAACCAGAACAAGUGGUUAAAAGCAUGGAGGACGAUAAUGAAGACCUACAUGUAUGUGACCAAACUGAAGAGGCUGCAUUUACAGAAGAAACUGUAAAAAUAACUGUUUUUGCAACAAAUGCAAAGAAGUCUGACAUUGAAUGUGAAAAGGAUAAAUACUACAUAAAGGUUAAAACGAAAGUAAAAAUUAAAAAACACAAAAAGAAUUGUGUUAAAAAUGUUAAGAAGGAGAAAAGGAAAAAUGUUACAGAAGAUUUUGGCUUUUUGGAUGUUUCCCUUUUCCCCCGACCAAGUCGUGCUAUUGUAGAUGAUGAUGAAAAUGCCUUGGAACGUUAUUAUGCAGUAGAACAAAGUCUAGACGAAUUUGAAGAUUUAGUUGCGCCUUAUAAAAAAGAAUUGGACAUCGAAGGAAACUAUAUGAAAAUGGAUAAACAUUUGCGUUGUGAUAAAGACAGAAGAAUUAGAAAAGCUCACAUUCAAGUAAAGGACAAGUACUGUAAAAGUGUUAAAAACAAUGAAGGACGUAAAUCAUUGUAUGUUCACCACAGAGUGUAUAAGCUCAUGGAGCUAGAGACACAGAGACUUUCCUACAUGCCAAGUCAAAGGAGGGCAAGACAAGAUAUAAAGCGUGAAGAAAUGAAGGAAAUUCAGCGUGCUAAAUCAGGUCGUCCAGUAUACAAUAGUACUCGUGCCAUGCCAGCAGGUCGAGGUCGUACCCAAAAUUUGGCGUACGCCAUUGACAACAACAACGCUGCUCAGGACCUGGACAAUGCACUUGUAAAUCUCCUAAUAACACUUCAGCACAGGGACCUCACACCUGAGGACUAUGAAACACUUCUCAGACUUGAUGAGACUGUGGCACCAAAAACACUACAGAUGGAUGUUGUAGCAUCCUUUAAAACUGACAUUGUUAAUGAGAGUUGUGUCAAUGAUACGUGUGCCAUUUGUAUGGAUCAGUAUGCUUUGGGACAAUCCAGGAAAUUUCUCCCCUGUAAGCACGUCUUUCACGCAAACUGUAUUGACAUGUGGCUGCAGAAUUCAUCUUUAAAUUGUCCAAUUGAUAAUUUGCCAGUUGAUGUUUCAAACAGCUGACAAGAAAACAUUGUACUGUAAGAAAUUUUUAUAUAUUAACAGUGUGUUUCUAUGACUACCAUAAUCUGAUUAAAACUUGUGACUACUCUAGGA